AUGAGUCCCUCGAUAGAGGUCGGGCAGGGAGAGCUGCAGCUUAUCGCGUUUGGCGAUCUAGCAGGCUCAGAGUGCCUGGAACCUCUGCAAAGGCUGCUGCAUUUGAAACAAAAUGCCGAGCUUGAAGACUUCUUUUUGAAGGUUACCUUUCGUCUUCGGCAAUACCUGGGAACACUCCAGUCUUCACAUAGAGAGCUUGUCCCCAGAUUCACAACACUACUUGACCUCGUGUCAAGUUGGGAAGGGGCUCCAGGUCAACCAGCUUUGCACCUCUUCUUGCUAAGUGUAUUACAAUGUGGCCAGUUCAUUCAUUAUUACGGCGGAAAUGGAGGAAGGGCGUACCCGUCGGCGGCUGAUGCCUGCAUACUGGGCAACUGUGCAGGGAAAUUUGCAGCUGCGGCUGCUAGCUGUUCCCGUUCAAUAUCACAAUUUAUUUCGCUGGCAGUAGAAGCUACCUUGACUGCCUUCAGAACUGGCCUGAGAUCACAGCUGGUUGGAGAAAUUCUAUAUGGAAGGCAAGGUGAUUCAAAGAUAUGGUCUGUCUUGGUUUCGCCAAUGGCCGACGCUUCCAUAGAAGAGUUGUUGGACUUGUUUAAGGAUUCUACCAAGACAGCAAGGAGUCAUGAAAGACUAUGGAUCGGCGCCAAAGCUCCAGCUGGAGUCACGGCACUGAGCGGCAAACCAUCUUCCCUAUCAGAUUUUGUCAACGCCAACAAAAAGAGUUUGAGAGCCAAGACGCUGAAAGUUUCUUCACCAUAUCAUGCACCUCAUUUAUUCAGUGCCAUUGAUGUUGAUGAGAUUAUGGAAGGGGUUUCAGUAGACAUGUUGGUCGCAACAGCACCACGUAUCACGAUGUUGCCGCCUUCAACGUCAGACACGAACAAUGACUUCAUUGGACGCCUUCAAGAAGCAGUUCAUGGCGUAUUGAGAGAGCAGCUGGACCUAGGUUUGAUGAUUGAAUCCUGCGGUAGGCAUCUCGCCCAAACAGGGCAUCAUAGAUGCCGACUGAUAACGAUCGCAUAUGACACCACGUCCGCCCUCUGCACAACAUUGUCCAAUAGUUUUGGAAUUCAGGUGGAAGUUGAGGACGCAUCAAGACUUUUUUCUUCUGUGCCUUCGCUUGCUGGCCGGUGUGAGAAAUCGAAGAUCGCUAUCAUCGGGUAUUCCGGACGAUUCCCGUCGGCAGAGUCCAAUGAAGCAUAUUGGGAGCUUCUCCGCGCUGGUCGCGAUGUACAUCAGGAGAUUCCAAGUGAUCGCUUCAAUUGGCGCACACAUUACGAUGAGAGCGGUAAGCAACGCAACACAAGUCGAAUCAAGCACGGGUGCUUCAUAGAUUCCCCUGGCCAGUUUGAUGCUCGCUUCUUCGGCAUGUCGCCCCGGGAAGCUGAGAAUACAGAUCCAGCACAACGAUUAGCUAUCUUGACAACAUACGAAGCAAUGGAGAUGGCAGGCUUUGUCCGAAACAGGACUCCUAGUACGCAAGAAGAUAGAGUUGGAGUUUUCUUCGGGGCGACCAGUGAUGGUUGGCGGGAUAUCAACGCAGCGCAAGAUGUUGGUACCUACUUUGUUCCAGGUGGAAACAGAGCAUUCGCAACCGGGAGAAUCAGCUAUUUCUUCCGGUUGACAGGACCAAGUCUGGUGGUUGAUACUGCGUGCUCUUCCAGUCUUUCUGCUAUCCAAAUAGCCUGCAGCUAUUUAUGGAGCGGGCAAUGUGACACAGCAGUCGCUGGUGGAACGAAUAUAUUAACCAACCCAAACCAAUUUGCCGGGCUAGACAGAGGUCACUUCCUUUCAACAACUGGAAAUUGCAAUGCAUUUGAUGACGGAGCAGAUGGAUACUGCAGGGCUGAUGGUGUUGGUAGCGUGAUAUUGAAACGACUCGAGGACGCAGAAGCAGACAAUGAUCCAAUCCUGGGAGUAAUUGUUGGCACGAAUACCAACCACUGUGGACAUACUGACAGCAUCACUCGACCGAAUGAGAAAGACCAGGCCAAACUCUUUCAGCAAAUACUUCGACGAGCAAACUACAAUCCUCUGGAUGUCAGCGUAAUAGAGAUGCAUGGAACAGGGACCCAGGCAGGCGACGCUGCAGAAAUGAGCUCUGUCCUGUCAGCCUUCGUGCCUGGGCGAGAACGAACUGAAACUCACCCAGCUCGGCCGCUAUACAUUGGCUCAGCCAAGGCAAAUGUCGGGCAUUCUGAAUCUGCUUCUGGCGUCAUAUCACUGAUCAAGCUACUUCUCAUGCUCAAGCAUAACGAGAUACCACCACAUUGCGGUAUUAAAACGAAACUCAACAGAAAUUAUCCAUUGGACUUGACGGAACGCGGUAUACGUAUCGCAUCUGAACCUACGUCCUGGACUAGAGGCCCAAGGAGUCUGAAGAGAAUAGCGUUCCUUAACAAUUUCAGUGCUGCUGGUGGAAACACGGCAUUACUACUGGAGGAAGGACCAAGAAAGCCCGAGGCGCUCCAUGACAGUAGGUACAGUUGUGGUUAUCUUGUUGCCAUCACAGCGAAAUCGCCGAAAUCCCUACUUGGAAACGCCCGGUCGCUUGCAGCAUGGGUACAGAGAAACCCAGAAACAGCUCUCUCCGACCUCUCCUAUACAACCACAGCAAGACGAAUGCACCAUAAUUACCGAAUGAUGCUAUCUGUCGAAAACAUGCCCUCUUUGCUUGACCGCCUGAAAUCUCUUGUCACUCAGGAGCCUGCAGCUCUCAGUCCCAUUCCGAGUCCGAGCAAGAAACCGUCCGUUAUAUUUACCUUCACUGGCCAAGGAAGCUUAUACAUUGGUAUGGGAAAAGAGCUUUUUGGAGCUUAUUCUUCGUUUUGCGACGACAUUCUCCGUCUUGAGCAGCUCGCUCAGAGCUACGGGUUCCCGCAGUUUGUUGGUCUCAUUGAUGGAUCAGUGGACGAUGAUAUCCACAGCAUCAGUGCCGUUACAUCUCACCUGGCGCUUCUGUGUGUCCAAAUUGCACUUGUGAAGCUCCUUGACAGAUGGGGAAUCAAACCCAGUGCGGUAGUUGGCCACAGCCUUGGCGAGUAUGCUGCCCUAUACGCCGCGAAGGUGAUCAGUGCUGGCGAUGCCGUAUAUUUGGUGGGAAAGCGGGCCUUGUUGCUAGAAAAGCAUUGCCAACGAAACACACACGGAAUGCUUAUCGUCAAAGGGUGUCGGAUAGCUACUGAGGAACUGCUGAAAUCUUCUGGUCAGAGCUUUGAGCUGGCUUGUGCAAACCAUCCUACUGUACAUGUAGUGGCAGGGCCCAUGGAGGACAUGCCUGACGUGAUGACUGUGGCUGAUAAGAAGGGCAUCAAAACGGUCAAGCUGGACAUUCCAUUUGCCUUCCAUUCAAGUCAAGUUGAUCCAAUGUUGCCAGAGUUCACGAAUGCGGCAAGACAAGCAGGCAUCACCUUCGAUGCUCCCGCGAUACCUGUCAUUUCGCCACUAUUAGGAUCAGUUGUCCCAAAGGAUGAGGAGAAUGUCUUCAACAUAUCGUAUCUUGUUCAAGCCAGUCGACACUUCUUGGACUUCACCACAGCACUAACAAAGGCACGGAAGUACUACCCGACGGGGACUACAAUCUGGCUUGAGGUGGGAGCCCAUCCACUCUGUGGUACCAUGAUCAAGCAGACGCUCGGAGCCGAAGAGGCAGUCCUUACUACGUUGCGAGAGAAUGUCAGUGGAUACAGGACCAUGAUGAGGUCCAUCGAGUCGCUAUACCUGGCGGGCAUGGACAUUGACUGGAACGAGUAUCAGCGUGAGCUUCCUGGCGAGAAAAAGGUUCUCGAGCUUCCUCACUACUCGUGGGAUCUCAAGAACUACUGGAUCGAUUACAGAAAUGACUUUUGUGUCAACCUCGCUGCGGGUGGAGAGAAGCCAGAGAGUAGGGACGAGAUUGCGAUGCACAAGUACAUAUCCUCAGUCGCCCAAAGGGUGAUCGAAGAGGUUCAUGAGCAGGAUACCUCGUCAAUGACGGUGGAGUCUGACAUUUUCCACGCCGAGCUGUUGCCGAUCUUACGUGGUCAUGUCGUAAAUGGUGCAUGUUUGUGCUCUUCUUCACUCUAUGCAGAAAUUGCCUUUACUUUGGGGGACUACUUACUGCGCAUACGAAAGCUUUCCUCAGACAACACACGCCUGGAGCUAUACGAUCUAAACAUUGACCAACCACUUAUUGCGAAGAACGGAGUAACCUCUCACCUGUUCAGAAUCAAUGUGAAGGCUGAUUGGACUGCCAACUCGCUCGAUUUUGUAAUUUUCAGCGUUAUCGACUCUGGCACGCACACGAUCCCCCAUGCCAAAUUGAGCGUUCGAGUAGUCUCGAAUCAAAGAUGGCUUUCGGAUUGGAACCGCAAUGCCUACCUCGUCAAGUCAAGGAUCAAGUCGUUAGAGUCAGGGGAUACUAGCCAGAAAUUGCGGCGACGUAUGGCGUACAAACUUUUCGCUACACUGGUCGAUUACAGCGACGAGUUCAAGGGCAUGUCCGAGGUGCUUCUAGACAGCGACGAUCUAGAAGCGGUGUCAACUGUGCAGUUCCAAGUUGAUCAGGAACGAGGAGGGUUGGGUGUCGAUGCCAGAUGGAUUGAUAGCUUGGCUCAGGUUUCCGGUUUCAUUAUGAACGCCAAUGAUUCCAUGAACAACAAAGACCAAGUAUUCAUCAACCAUGGCUGGGAGAAGCUGCGGUUCGCCGAGAAUUUUAGUGCCUCGAAAUCAUAUCGAGCGUAUUGUAGAAUGCAGCUUGUCGAAAAGACAACAUUUUUUGUUGGAAUGCGGCGUCAGGUUCUCCAGCAUCUUUUGUCUUCGAAAGAUGAUGAAUUGAGAUCCAAUCUAAGGAAAAGCACACCAAUGAAAUUCGUCUCGGAAGCUCCUCCCCGCGUCCCUCACAUUCAACAGAAUGGCUCUGAGGUUAGGAGCAGCCUUGAUGAGAUUGCGAGACCUAAAGGGACUUACAGUAGUCACAUCUUGGACAUCAUUUCGCAAGAAACUGGCUUAGCGAUGAAAGAUUUACAGCUCGAAUCAAGUCUCGUUGACUUGGGGAUUGACUCUCUGUUAUCUCUGACCAUCUCAUCUCGCAUUCGGAGCGAGCUUGAUUUGGAUAUUUCUUCGACAACACUAAUGGAGUGCAGCAACAUUAGUGAGGUGCGACGAUUAAUUUGCCACGACGAUGCCUCUACGUCUUCAUCCGCAACGGAUUCCGACAAUCGCCUCAACACUGGGAUGGCCCAACCAGCGGAAAGCUUCGUUUCGUCCUCAACCGAGACGGAUGAUUCCGACAUAUCAGAAUCCGAUCAGAUUCGACGACACCUGUGGGACAUUGUCGCGGAGGAAACCGCUACGGCAGUGUACGAUCUCUUGCCAUCUACUUCUGUGGCAGGCAUGGGUAUUGACUCUCUUCUGUCCAUAUCAAUCAGGGCUCGCUUGUCAGAAAAGUUCAAUGUUUACAUAUCGAGCUUCUCCAUCAUGAAUUGCGAGACUCUUCUCGAUCUGGAACUUCUGCUGCACGAGAGUCUAGGCGUUGAAAGAGCCUCUUGGCCUCGAGGCUCCUUAAACCACAACUCCACCAUUCACACUGCAGAUGACACCAUCAUCUACCAUCCGGAACUUGUACCUGCUCUGACAUCCUGCCCGUCCGUGACGACGGAGGCCCCUCAAGCUACAUCUGUAUGUCUGAGUGGCCCAUCGAGCACGGCCAAACUGAUCAUGAUUCUUUUCCCGGACGGGUCGGGAUCUGCCGCCUCGUAUGCCAAUCUCCCGUCGAAGCUUCCAGGGGGGGUGGUGUUGUACGGUCUGAAUUGUCCCUGGCGCAAAUGCGGUCUCGACUUGAUUCGCUCCAAGGUCACUGUCCCUCAAAUGGUGGCCAGGCAAGUCGUCGAAGUUCGCCGCAUCCUCCAAAAUCACCGAUCGCAAGGUUGGACGAACUGUGAGAAGGGUAUUCCCAACUUGGUACUGGGCGGUUGGUCGGCAGGAGGUGUGCUCGCCUUUGAAGCUAUUCGGCAACUUGCUGAUGAAGGAAUUUUCGUUCAGAAACUUCUAUUACUAGAUUCUCCAAACCCAAUUGGACUGCGGCCACCUUCACAAAAGAUGUCUCGCUUCAUAGAAGCCUUGGGCAGAUUCGGAGGGCGUUCUGGGAAAGCGCCAGACUGGUUGCUCGAGCACUUUGAUGGCAUGGCUGCAGUCCUGAACACAUACUCACCAUCACCGCUUCCAGCCGACCUUGUGUUGGAUGCUUUACAAGUGUAUGCACGAAAAGGUGCCUGGUAUGCGUAUCCUGAUCCGGAGAUGGAACUCCAGGCCGAUCAUCAUAGCGAGAUCAAUUGGCUGCUUCGCGAUCGUACGGAUUUCACUGGCGAUGGUUGGAAAAAGUUGGUAGGAUCGGAAAGGUUUUCUGUCAAAGUGAUGGAUGAUGUUGACCACUUCACACUUUUAGGAAGUGGCAAAGAAGCAGCCAAGCUGGGACCAUUGCUUGCUGACUUCUUAGCGCGGGAGAGUAACCCAGCCGUGGCUGGAUCAUUAUAUUGA